AUUUUUACUACUUCUCGAGUUUUGUAGCUUUUUUUUUUUACUGUCAUUCAAGUUAUGCUUAUUCAUGUCGAUAUGCAAUUAUUUAUAUGUACUUUGAUAUUAAUUUUGGAGUAAGAUAAAUAGAAUGAGAUAUAAAGAUUAUUUUGACAAAGAUUAUACUUUUUCAUGUGGGUAUGUAAUCAUUGGUAUAAAUUUUGGAAUUGAUUUUAGAAUAAGAAAAUUAGAAUAAGACAGAGAAAUAUAAAUUUUGAGAUUGAUUUUAGUGUAAAAAAAUAGAAUGAGAUAGAGAUUAUUUUGAUAAAGAUAAGAAUGUGAUUGUUAUAAGUAAGUAGAAAUAAAUUAUUUUUAUUUUAUUAAUAUGAGAUAUUGACAUGGAAAAAGUACGCUGAUUUGUAGUCCAAAUAAUGUAGAGUACCUUUGUUUAGGGAUUAAGUUUAAAAGUACUCUGGUCAGGGAAAUAAAGUUUCGAAGUGUCGUAGUUUGGGAAAAAACUCUGAGUUAGGGUUCAUGAACCUUCCAAUCUACAGCAUUUCUUCCCCCCUAUAAUACCCAUCUCCACGUUCCACUAUCCUUCCCUGAGAGAGGUCCCUUUAUUAUAUAUACAGGCAGAAAAGUUAUUUUACAAUCACUUUUGGAGAAGCCAGGAUGGUGGUCGGUAUUGAUAACGCAGUUACUGCUACCAAAUCCGCCAUUUCCUCUGCCAAAAAGACGCCUCCUACUCUCUCCUCCGACUCUGUCAUCAACUUUGCUCGUGGUGAUCCUACAAUAUACGAGUCAUACUGGAGGAAGUUGGGUGACAGGUGUUCAAUGGUGAUUUCUGGCAACGAUUUGAUGAGCUACUUCAGCGACCCAGGAAACCUGUGCUGGUUUUUGAUGCCGGAGCUUGAUCAUGCCAUUCGGAGAUUGCAUGGCGUGGUCGGGAAUGCAAUAGCUGACGAUGAUCGAUUCAUCGUGGUGGGGACUGGCUCGACCCAGCUCUUCCAUGCUUUGCUCUAUGCUUUUUCUUCUCCUAAUGAGCCUGAGCCCAUCAGUGUGGUAGCUGCUGCCCCUUUCUACUCGUCAUAUCCAGAGGAGACGGAGUUCCUGCGUUCAGGGCUGUACAAAUGGGCAGGUGAUGCAUACUCCUUUAAUAAAGAUGGGCCUUACAUAGAGGUGGUCACUUUACCCAACAACCCUGACGGUGCAAUUCGAGAAGCAGUGGUGAAUCGUAAAGGUGGCAAACUUAUUCACGACCUGGCCUACUAUUGGCCUCAAUACACCUCCAUUACUGCUAGGGCUGAUUAUGAUGUUAUGCUUUUUACCUUCUCCAAAGCCACAGGACAUGCUGGUUCUCGCAUUGGCUGGGCUAUUGUUAAAGAUAAAGAAAUUGCAACCAAGAUGGUGAAGUUCAUAGAGCUUAACAGCAUUGGGGUAUCCAAAGAAUCGCAACUCCGGGCUGCCAAGAUUCUAGGAGUUAUCAGCAACGACUGCCUGAAUUCUGGACCUAUCAAAGAAGAAAAUUUCUUUGAAUAUGGACAGCGCCUCAUGUCUGAAAGAUGGGAAAAGCUGCGCGAAGUGGUUAAACGCAAUGGAGUUUUCAGUCUGCCCAAGUACUCGCCAGACUACUGCAACUUCAGUGGCGAAUACACUGAUUAUAGCCCUGCCUUUGCAUGGUUGAAGAGCAAGGAGGGCUUGAACUGUGACAAUCUCUUAAGAGAACAUAAGAUAGUGACAAGGGGCGGGACGAAUUUUGGUGUUGGAUCAAAGUAUACCAGGAUUAGCAUGCUGAGUUCUGAUGACGAGUUUAACCUUUUAUUGGAGAGGUUAUCAACAAUCAAAGGGACCCCCAACGGAAAUUAUUAAUCAUCAGGGGGCGAAAAGCAAUAUCCUUUGAUCGUUGCAGGUGUAUAUGCCCGCUUAAACAACAUGGUACGUAGAAAUUGAACAGAUUUAUGUAGGAGAUAAAUAAAAGAGCUUUUUGUUUAAACUUUAAAUAGUUGAUUCUAUCUAUGAUAGUUCCAUAUUUCUGUACUUAAUUAUAAUGUUAAUUUGAUACAAAAUAUUUCAGUGAUAGUACUUCAAAGGUAAAAAUGGAUUGAUGAACUUAAUUCUGACAGUUUACAAACUCAUCUCGUAUUGAACCUUCGAGGC